UGUUGUUGGUAUUCCGGCGAGGGCCGACAGCUUCCUGCCGCUGAUGCUUCAGUUACGUUGAUAAUGUCAAAUCGUUUGGUUCGCUCUGCUGUCGCCACCGCGCACGAGUACAACCACAACAACACUGCCAACGACGAGGGCCAGCGAGCCAAUAAAUUUUAAUAAAAUCCCCAUCACAACAAAGAAUAAACAACAGCUCGACCGGACAACACGAAAAAUUCGUAUAACAAAAAUAGCGAAGGAAUGUGCAGUUCGGUGGGACUGAGACAGGCAAAUGCCGGCUAAAAAAGUGUCAGAAUUCGUGAAAAUUAAUAUUUCACCAGAGAUUUGAGUGUUUCCAAAACAAACAAAAUAAAAAAAAAAACAAACCCGAACACUGCAAACAGGACAAACUUUUUCGUUUCGCCAAACUUUUAUUUCGUACACACUUUUUUGGUCCUACGCGAUUUGCUCGCGAAAAUUAUGAAAAAUAUGUGAGAAAUGUGCAAAAUCCGCAAAAUACUAAAGUAAGGGCAAAGAGCAUAGGUCAAGCCCUAUCCUCCAGUGCGGGAUAUAUAUUUUGUACGGCCCCAAAAUCCCCUGACGUUGUGCUUUCAGCAAACCAACCACCCACCCACCCACCGCCCAGCUAGUGUCAUGUGUAUGUGCGGAAAGAAAGGCGGCCAAGUUGAGUGUGUGUGCGUCUGGGUGUGGGAAGUCGUGUAACGUGCUAAAAUAAGUUAAUUUAUUGCCGGCACAACAACAAUCACAACACACAAAGACAACAACUGCCGGCAGUCAUAACAUUUGUGUUGUUCACCAGUUACCCAAGUUGAAUUUCUGUCGCUGAGAAAACUAUUUCAGAAAAAGGCCAAACUCAAUUGACAUUUAUUGGCCCAUAUAUAUUUAUAAGGACCAAAAGGAAGCGAGGAAGGAUCGAGAAAAGGAAAAUAACAAAACGGAGGACACAGGCCCUAGUGAAAUCAUAGUAAAAUCAUAUAUUUCAAUGGCUAACACAACUAUACUGGGGGCAAGCACCCGUCACUUGCAAAUGGCCAAUCGGCGGAGGUCGGAGAAGGACUUUGGAUACCAUGGAUUCCAUGGUUCCCGAAGUGGGCGUAGCUGCAUUUGCUGGAUAUCCCUGGUACUCCUCCUCAUUCUGGUGCCUGAUUUUAUUGAAGCACUCAAGGAUGUGUCGGUAAUGAUACCACAGGCGGUGAAACGUGGCAGCAAUGCGCUAUUCACUUGUAAUUACGAUAUGGAAAACGAUACUCUAUAUUCGGUUAAAUGGUAUAAGGGCAAGCGUGAGUUUUAUCGCUAUACGCCCAAGGAGAAUCCGGCGAUGAAGGUCUUUGCCAUGACAAGUGGUCUCAAUGUCGAGCGCAACCUUUCGAAUCAGAGCCACGUCGUCCUGCAGUCGGUGCCGCUGAAUAUUUCGGGCAAAUUUACAUGCGAAAUAUCGGUGGAGGCGCCCACUUUUCAAACGGCCAUGGUGUCCGGCGAAAUGGAGGUGGUUGAGCUGCCGGAAGAGCACACUGUGGUUACCGGGAUACAGGCACGUUAUCGCAUCGGCGAUUUGGUCGACGGCAAUUGCUCAAUUAAAUACUCGAAACCGGCUGCUAAUUUGACAUGGACUAUUAAUGGUAUUGUGGUGCCACCGCACCACAUAAAGACCUACCAGACGGAGAAGCGGGAGAACAGCACCCUGGAAUCGGUGACAAGUGCCAUACAUUUCAUGGUCACCAAUCAGCAUUUCCUCAAGGGCCAGAUGAGGCUCAAGUGCACGGCCAAUAUCUUUGACAUCUUCAAGGAGGAAAUGGAGAGUGUCAUCGAGGAGGACCGGCCCAGGAUAAUGGCCUCCGGCAGAUCGUAUGACAUCAACAAUUAUCCCCUCGAGGAGCACCCGAAUGGCGAACGGGGUGGCUUUGAGGAUCACAACGAGUCCUAUUUGACGUACUAUUCGGCGGAUAACACGGCAUCGGGCGCCUCGACAGCUGCACAUGAAAUCUUCUGGCAGUUCUGGCCAUCGCAGCUGACAAAGCUUCCCAUCAACAGGCAGUUGGCGGGGGCGUGGCACUGGCUUUGUGGGGGCGGCGGAGCCGCUGCUCUUCUGCUCCUUUUCCUGCUGCAGCAAGGGCCGCUGGGCCAUCAAAUUAUCAACUGUCAAUACACAAAGCCGGCGACUGGCAAGGUGCAACAGCAACAACUGCAGCAGCAACAACGCAGCAGCGGCAGCAACAUCGAGGUGACAGCUUCAAAGGCGGCAACAUCCGCAUCUAGCGUCAAAUGCUUUUAUAAUUGUCAAAUGGCUAUGGCGAUGCCAACUCGGAGUCGCGAUGAUGAUGAUGAUGAUGAUGGUGCUGAUGCUGAUGCGUAUAUUGGCAGCACGAGUGCAAAUGCAAUUGCAGCAGCAACAGCAACUGGCGAUGCUGAUGCUGAUGCUGAUGCUGCAGAUGCAGAUGUUGCUGCUGCAGGAGGAGGAGCUGCGAGUUGCAGCAUUAAGCGGCUGUCAGCGACACUUGUGGGGGGCGUCGAUGCUGUAAGGGGCGUGGCCAGUUGGCCGGAUCAACGAUUAUUGAUGACUCGGCUGCGGGAAAGGCGGCAAAAGAAAUCGCUGGCGAUGGAUGCGAUGAUGCAGUCGCGUUGGAGCGCGUGCUGAUGCCGAAUUGAUGAUGAAAUCCAUUUUCGAAAGUAGCUUAAGGUGCUCGCCACCGUGCAAAAUGCCAGUGUAUGGCUCCUUUCCUUUCCUGUCCUUUUUCACCCGAAUUGUUGAAGGGCAUAAUUGAUAUACAUAU